AUUAUUUUUGCACCCAGUGCAAAUAACGCAGAACCUUUGUCAUUCCGCGCCCACAACAGUGGAAGCUAAGUAUGUUAGCCGCUUGGCUAGCAGACGAGGCUAGCAGAGCACUGGGCGGACAGGUGAGUUUACCGCCGCUGCCACGAAGCGAAAGGAGGAACUCGUAUAAAUACCACAGUGUUUCUAUGUCUAAAAUCAGGGAAAAUGCUGGUAAAAGUGAGACUGGGUGAUGUCCAAAAAGUUGUUAGAAUAACAGAACCAAAUUUGUCGGACUUUUUGAAUGCAGCAUUUGCCAAAUUCGGUGUCCCAGCUGUAACAGAAGAUGACAAAGUUGUUGACAGUGCAGGGACUGAGAUAGAUGAUGAUGUUUUUGAGGAAAUUGUGAAGGAUCCAUCCACUGGGGUUCUAACCAUCAAAUACGAAACAGAAUCUAUCUCCAUGGUAACCUCUCCAAAGUCCCAAUCAUCCGUUUGUUCAUCGGACUCAGACACAAUCAUCCUUGAAGACACUCCUACCAGAAAGCGUCAGAGGCUGGACUCUGAAGCUAUGCAACUGGUGAAAUCCAUUCUUACCAAGAAAUCAGGUGGAGAAUAUAUAAUAAAUGAAUAUAACCGAACUAAGUCCUUGACAGAUGAGAGCAGAAGAAAAUUGGUGAAUAUACUGGCAGCUGAGAUGACGGAGAAGACUGGUACAUCUCCAUCUAGACAGGUGAAGGAAAUGUAUGCACAAGGAAUUGUGAACUUGUUCCCCAACCUCAGAGACCCAUUUUCCAAGAAUGGCUAUGAACAUUUUUAUGAUAGCAACAGUAGUACUGGGUACUUGGCCUGGAGAAUUAAAACUAUUCAGAGAUGCAGUGCUAAAGAAAGACGUUCAUCAUUUGGAGCUUUGGCGGAAGGACCAUCUGAUGAAGACAAGUCGGGAGGACCAACUGUUGGACGAGUUACCCAAUUCAUUCCAGAGAUUGUCCUGUCUGAAGAUGAGUGCAAGGAAGCGAUGUCACUGAUGAAACAUUCGGCUGACGUGGACAUGGUCAUCAAAAAGAUGAAGCUGACAUUUGCCCAUCGGCAUAACAUGGUCCUGGACCCACAGCAGUCAAGCAACAUUCUAUCUUAUUUUCCUCGUUUUAAAGACAUCAAAGGCUUGGUUGAACAGGAUUUUGUUCUAAUGUUUGGAGAGGAUGUAUCGGGCAAGUUUCUGGAGAAGUGGCCAACCACAUUCAAAAAGAAGAUCAUCCAACAAUGCAGAAAGCUUCCCUCCAUCACUGAGCUUGAGGAACUCCUGAUGGCAGCUGACCCUCCUGAGGAUGGGGCUGAAGUGAACGUUGACUUUGGUUGGGACAGUGAUCUCUCAUCGAUUUUGCUGCUCUUGCACUUGAUCCCACCGACUGCUCUAGGUCGGAAGAGGCCAGGAAAAGUUUCUGCAUCCCGGGCUGAGAAGCAUCUUGUGGUCUUCAAGAAGACUGGAACAAGCAUCCAAGAACAUCUUGACACCAUUACUACCAGCACUCAACCCUAUCUCCUGGCUGUUGGAGUGAGGAAGAAUACAACCCACCAGUUCUUCAUAAUUCUCGACAAGAAUGCCAUACCUUGCAGGUCACACUCCUCUCUUGGUGGUUUUGAUGAACUGUUUAAAGCACACUUUGUGUUUGCGACAUCAUACCACACCAUGCUCCACAUCAUGUACCUAUUCAUCCAGACUACUUUGUACAACAUUGAUGUUGGGAAGGUCAAAGAGAGUCCUCCUGUUGCUGAAAUUAGGACAAGGUUGCUUCUGUAGUGUUUGACUUUUGUCUUCCACCAUUAAGUGUUUUGUUUGUCAGGCUAAGUUCCCUCGUUCAAACAUGCUUGUUCGACAUUUACGUUUAGUUCACGGUUACCUGCCUAGAAAACAUCUUAACCUUAAAUGCGUUCAAAUGUGGUGGUGUGUUUGGUACUUUCUCUGGUUUUAGAAGCAUUUGAAAACAAAACACUCAGAGUGUACUGAACUACAGAUUGGCACCAAUGUUCACUUAAACAGGACAGAAGAGACACUGUCAGUUAAUGUAGAUGAGUCAGCCACAACAUCUGAACAGUCGAGACAAGCUAAUAGGAGCAGUCUGGAUAUGUGUGCCACUGCUGUUGCACAACUUAAGGCAGCUGGAUUAAGUCAGUCUACUAUGAAUGGUUUUGUCUCAUCCAUGGAGGAAGUGUACAGAGUACCGCUGUGACUUCAUUGUCUGUUCAGAAGUGGCAUUUGACAUGCCUGUGUUUUGUAAGAUAAAAAAUAUUAUUGUCAAAGAUGAUGAUGUAUUGCUCUGUGGGAAACUGUGUGUUUUGAGGAGCAUUACCAUGCCUAUAAGGUCAGGCUGCAUCCAGACAAAGUUGUUAAGGUUUUGGACAUAAAGAAACUGCUUUACUCCAAACCAUUUGAUGUUCAAAUGGUGUAUGGAACAUCAUGUUCCACAUUGUAUGUUGUCCCAUAUUGCCAUUUCAUGCAGACCUAAGGUCACCCUUUCUGUAUUCUCUCCCUAAAGUUGAUUGUUCUGCCUGACAAAGAAAUAAAGGUAAUU